AUGGUGAGGAGAUUCGGUUCUUAUUCUCCCGAAGCAUUAUCUCCCGAAACCUUCGCCAUAGAUUUACGAAGCACUCAGCUGCUCCGCAAGAAGGGCAAAAGAGCGGAGGGACGACGGAAAUCCGCGAGCGGAACGCUUUUAUACCACGCUUCACCAGCAGAGGGCGCAAGUGCCACUGCUAUUGUGUUGAAGACCAUGCUUAUUCUACACAUGCAGAAAAUGAGAAAUUAUUUGGAGAACCAGCUGGAAAGGCACUACGGAAUUACUUCUCCCAUUAGUUUGGCACCACCAAGGGAAAUAGAUUAUAUCUAUACGCAGAAAUUGAUUGAAGCCCUGAAGCCUUUUGGUGUAUUUGAAGAGGAGGAAGAGCUGAAUUGCAGGUUAGCUGUUCUCAGCAAACUAAAUAACUUGGUUAAAGGGUGGAUUACAGAAGUUGCUGCAAAUAAGAAUCUGCCAUCAUCAGUCUCAUCCAGAGCUGGUGGCAAAAUAUUCACAUUUGGUUCCUAUCGGCUUGGAGUCCACACCAAAGGUGCUGAUAUAGACGCGCUCUGUGUAGCCCCUAGACAUGUAGAAAGAUCAGACUUCUUCCAGUCAUUUUUUGAAAAGUUGAAACUCCAAGAUGGAAUCAGAAAUCUGAGAGCAGUAGAAGAUGCAUAUGUACCAGUGAUCAAGUUUGAAUUUGAUGGUAUUGAGAUUGACCUUGUGUUUGCAAGACUACCACUGCCAAGCAUUUCAGAUAGCCUGGACCUUCGAGAUGAUGCACAUCUGAGAACCCUUGAUAUCAGAUGUAUUCGGAGUUUAAAUGGUUGCAGAGUCACUGAUGAAAUACUUCAUUUGGUACCAAACAAGGAGAACUUCAGGCUGACACUCAGAGCAAUUAAACUGUGGGCUAAACGGCGUGGAAUUUAUUCCAACAUGCUGGGAUUCCUUGGUGGUGUUUCUUGGGCCAUGCUGGUGGCGAGGACCUGUCAGUUGUAUCCAAAUGCUUUGGCAUCAACCCUCGUUCACAGAUUCUUCUUAGUUUUUUCAAAGUGGGAAUGGCCCAAUCCUGUCUUGCUGAAACAACCUGAAGAGAGCAAUCUCAACUUGCCUGUCUGGGACCCCAGGGUAAAUCCAGCUGACCGGUAUCAUCUGAUGCCCAUCAUCACUCCAGCCUACCCACAGCAGAACUCCACAUAUAAUGUGUCCACAUCAACCCGAGCAGUCAUGGUAGAAGAAUUCAAAUAUGGUCUCAUGGUUACAGAUGAAAUUCUUCAAGGAAAAUCGGAUUGGCCAAAGCUGCUUGAGCCACCCAACUUUUUUCAAAAGUAUAAGCAUUAUAUUGUAUUGACUGCUGUUUCUUCAACCGAAGAACAUCAUUUGGAAUGGGUUGGCUUGGUGGAGUCUAAAAUCCGUGUGCUUGUUGGACAUUUGGAGAGGAAUGAAUUUAUUACCCUUGCCCAUGUAAAUCCACAGUCCUUCAGUGGGAACAGGGAUCACUACAAAGAGAGUGACUAUGUGUCAAUGUGGUUUCUGGGAAUAAUUUUUAAGAAACUGGAGAACACCGAGAGUGUAAGCAUUGACUUAACCUAUGAUAUCCAGUCAUUCACAGAUACAGUUUAUAGGCAGGCAAACAAUAUCAACAUGUUGAAAGAAGGCAUGAAGAUUGAAGCUACUCAUGUGAGGAAGAAACAACUCCAUUAUUACUUGCCAGCAGACAUCUUGCAGAAGAGGAAAAAGAGCGUGCCUGAUCUUGGUGGACCUGCUUGUGGGGUUGUGUUGAAAAGGACAAUGGUAAAUGAUAGCUGUUUGGACGCUUACAGCAAUGCAGAAGUUACCACACAGUGCAAAACUGUUCCGUCAUUCAGCAACGUGGUGGAAUAUUGCAGCAAAUCUUCUUCAAAAGAAAUAGAAAGGUCUGGGGACCUUCAAAAACCUACUAUAUUUGAAAGGCAAGAGAAGCCAUGGACCAUCACUCGGUCAGUGAUGUCUGUGCCAGACUUGGAUCUUACAACUACAGUGGACACAGCAUUGCCUUUAAGUUCCUGUAGUGUCUCCAUGGCUAUAGAGCAAAAUAGGAUUCCUCCGAUUAUUGCCCCUGCUUCUGCCCAUUCCCAGGAACACCUGGAUGGAAUAGGUUCUGUUAAAAAUAACUCUGCGCAUAAGAGAGGUCACUCACCAGCCUCUGGAGAUUGUUUUAAGCGGCUGAAAGAUGUAGACAAGCACAGCCUUGAAGACACCAUGACUCUUCCAACUUUUCAUACACAAAGAUCACAGCGGCUUUCUAGUAAAGAAUUGCCAGAUUCAUCUUCUCCAAUUCCAGCAAGUGGCAUGGUCCGCGUUGUUAAAAACUCCAUCAGACUGACUCUUAAUCGAUAGCGGUGCUUUACCAGUCUUCCUAAAGUUACUGUAUCCAUAUUACUGUAGUAGCAAGCGACACCCAAAGUGUGAAGACAGAUACUGCAUCUAAAUGGUACAACACACAAUUUGCAUAUUGGUCCAUGUCAGCUCCAGUUUGGAUCUCGCAUAACAGAGCUGGGAAACUCCUCCACCCAACUUCCUGAAUAACUGCUCCAAGUUGGUGUCAAGACAGUGCUAAGUGGACCAAUAUCGGCAUUACGCGUAGCAUCCAUCCUUGUUUAAAAUGGGUUAAUCUUCUGUUGAUUUCUCUCUACAGGUUGUUACAUUGUCUUAAUUGUUGUAAAAAAUGUCAAGCUACUGUUCCUCCAAAAUUUGCGGUGUGUGGGUAUUCCUAUAAUUUAAGGUUUAUUCCCUUGGACUGGGCCUUUAUUUUCACUGUGCAGAUGCAUAGCUUUAUUUUAAGUCUUGUAUUUGAAUUAUUCUUCUUUCAGCAGAAAAUGUUUUUGUAUGGAAAAACCCCCCAAAAAUUUCUUUCCUUUAUUUUUCCUAAAGGGGUUGGCAUGCAGAGUACUUAGCCCUGGUGUAUUUCUGUUGUUAUCAAUGGCAUUACAGAGGUGCAGGUAGUCUGAAUCUCUCCCUUAAAUAUAUUAACACUGUUGUUCUUACCAGAAAAUCCACAACCAGUCUUGGUGGUAUGGAGGCUGGCUGGUGAUCUGUGUAGCAGGUUGCCAUAGGGGUUCUUUUAAAGUGGAAUAAUGCACAGGAGUAUGUGUUUAUAUAUUGGAGGUGCUUCUCCUUUAAAAAAUCCAUUUGGCACAUAUGUGGAUGUCCCAAAACAGCUGCUUCCCAUGGAGGCUCACAAAAGGAGAACCUAGAGCACAAUUUCAGCCAUUGUUCAGUUGCGUUAAAACCCUAUAAUAGUGAGAUGUCAAUUUAACUUUGAUUCUUCUCUCUACACAUCUAGCACCCCAAUUUUAAAUCAAUGGGAAUUAAAUAUACUUCAGGGUUUAGCUGGAUUGCAUGCUAAUCUAUAAAUAAAAAUUUAAAUAGACUUAUCUCUUCCACAAUACUGGAAUGCAAGAAAAGUGGUAUAUCACCUGAAUUUCAGAAUUGUUAGAGGGCAAUUGUAAAACCAUAGCUUGCAAUCCAACCUAUUUUUUCUUACAUGUUGAAAGAUCUGAAAAUUAUUUCCCAUAUUUUGGCUUGCCUUGGGAAUGAGUGCUCUUUAUCCUUCUGUGAACUGGAACUGGGAAUGCUGGGGUAGAAUCAUGAGUUUGUCAAAUUUGAAUUCUGUAGUUUUCUGAAGAACUGCACUAGAAUCGGUAUUGCCCACUAUAAGACCACUGGACUCUCUUCCAGAACCAUGCUGUCCUUCAGAGCCCAUGUCCUGAUAUGCCAGGAGCAAAUGCUGUUUUCAAAUCUUAAAUUUUGUAAUGUCUGUUUUUUGUAAUCAAAACCAAAAAAGUGUAUGCAGAGUAUUUUUGUAUGUACUGUAAAAAAAUUUUUCAAACAAA